AUGGAGGGUAAUAAUAACCGUCUCUACCUCAACAUCGGUAAUAACAACGAUCGUCUGGGUCCCGGCGGCGACCGACAGUAUCCCACCACGCCCUCAACCUUCCCUCAACCCGUCUUCCCUCACCAAGGCCAACAACAGCAGCACCAGCAGGCCGGCAUGCAGCACCACCAGCAGCAACACCCGGCGCAGCAGCAGCAGCAGCCGCAACAGCCGUAUGCGACCGGUUAUGCUCCCCAGGGCUACUUCCACCCGAGUCAGCAGCAAGCCCAAUAUCCUCCUCAGGGCCAUGGCGACUACAAUGCGGGCUACCAGCAGCGAUCCAAUACUCCAGGGACCAACGAUCCCAAUGUCGGUCUCGCUCACCAGUUCUCUCACCAGAACCUAGGCGGCGCUGCCCGGGCAUCGCCCUAUGGGUCCCGUGGCCCCUCGCCCGCCCAAAGACCUCGCACUGCCGGUGCCGCGGGACAGACGCCUCAGGGUUACGGACACUAUGCGACGCCGCCGAUGCCAACCCAGCAGGCGGUUCCCGUUGAGGCCUUUGCACCCGCUCCUGAGCGACUCUAUGAGAAGUACGGCCCCAAUGCCAACAAUAACCAGAAGAAGUGUACCCAAUUGGCCUCCGAUUUCUUCAAGGACAGUGUGAAGCGCGCGAGAGAACGCAACCAGAGACAAAGCGAAAUGGAGGUCAAGCUUUCCGAGCCGGGCCAGAGCCAGCAAAGACGCGAGCAGAUUUGGUCCACGGCUGGUCGCAAGGAGGGCCAAUACCUGCGAUUCCUGCGGACCAAGGACAAGCCCGAGAACUACAACACCAUCAAGAUCAUCGGCAAGGGUGCUUUUGGUGAGGUUAAGCUGGUCCAAAAGAAGAAUGACGGAAAGGUGUACGCCAUGAAGUCCCUGAUCAAGACGGAGAUGUUCAAAAAGGAUCAACUCGCCCACGUUCGUUCCGAAAGAGAUAUUCUGGCCGAGUCAGACAGUCCUUGGGUCGUCAAGCUCUUCACCACUUUCCAGGACUCUUAUUUCCUGUACAUGUUGAUGGAGUUCUUGCCCGGCGGUGACUUGAUGACAAUGCUCAUCAAGUACGAAAUCUUUUCUGAGGACAUCACGCGCUUCUACAUUGCUGAAAUUGUACUUGCGAUCGAGGCAGUCCACAAGCUGGGCUUCAUUCAUCGUGAUAUCAAACCCGACAAUAUUUUGUUGGAUCGCGGCGGUCACGUAAAGCUUACUGAUUUCGGUCUCUCAACCGGUUUCAAUCGCUUGCACGACAACAACUACUACCAACAAUUGCUGCAGGGCCGGUCUAACAAACCACGCGAUCGCAAUUCUGUUGCCAUUGAUCAGAUCAACCUCACAGUCAGCAACAGAUCCCAGAUCAACGACUGGCGUCGGUCGAGGAGAUUGAUGGCGUACUCCACUGUCGGAACGCCUGAUUACAUUGCCCCCGAGAUUUUCACAGGCCACGGGUACACCUUUGACUGCGAUUGGUGGUCUCUGGGCACAAUCAUGUUCGAAUGUUUGGUUGGAUGGCCUCCUUUCUGCGCCGAGGACAGCCACGAUACGUACCGCAAGAUUGUCAACUGGAGGCAGACUCUGUACUUCCCUGAUGACAUUCAGCUUGGCGUAGAAGCCGAAAACCUGAUUAGAAGCUUGAUCUGUAACACGGAGAAUCGUCUGGGUCGCUCAGGCGCGCACGAAAUCAAGCAGCACUCGUUCUUUAGAGGCGUCGAGUUCGACAGCCUGCGUCGUAUCAGGGCACCUUUCGAGCCUCGUUUGACCUCCGCCAUCGAUACCACCUACUUCCCGACCGACGAGAUCGACCAGACCGAUAACGCGACCAUUCUCAAGGCGCAGGCCGUGCAACAAGCCCGCUCUGGUGUGCCGGCGGUGGUUGAGGAGUCUCCCGAGAUGAGCUUGCCCUUCAUUGGAUACACCUUCAAGCGAUUCGACAACAACUUCCGAUAA